CGUGACCUGAGGAAUGUUAACAAUGCAGCGAGUGUCCAACUUUGUGCUGCAUUUCUGAUCCUGCUGCAGUCUGCGGAGAAAAUGGAGGCUCGUUUCAUCACAUUUACCCUCUUUCUCCGUCUUCACUGAGCUCCUCGGGGUUUUCUAUGCGCUCUUCAAACGAGAAACAGGAUUUACUCUCCAAACUGAGGUUAUUCUCGCUUCUUCUUCUUCAUCUUCUUCUUCUAUCCCAUGGCGGAGACUGGCAGCAUCAUGGUCUGGCUGCGCGGCGCCCUCGUGACCGGCUGCAUUUCCUGGAAUAAGUUGGAACCUGAGCCUUGAAAGCCACACCAUGGCAUGCCUGUAGUUCCUCACCUUCAUCCAGCACCUCCAGAAUCUACAGCAUCUUCAGAAUCACAAAGAGACGCAGACAAACCGAGGAGGACUCCCAAAUCUCCCAACGUUUUUUCGCAGCCAGUUUGAAAGGAAUCUUUUUUUGGAGGGAGUGUAAGUGUGUGUGUGUGUGCUUCCCUUUUUUAGAGUAGGUGCCUGCCCUGGGCACUGAGGUCAUGAGGCCCAAGACUUUUCCAGCGGCCCCGUAUGUGGGCAACACUCGGCAGAGGCUCCAGGAGAUCAAGGAGGGCCUGAAGCAGCCGGCCAAGCUGGUGAGCCAGGCGUUUCAUGGCGGCAGCUCGCGGUCCGACGGCAGCAGAGCGGCCGACUGCAAGAGCGGGAAAGACGCGGCCAGCCGGCAGCAGCAGCUCAGACCCCCGCAGAAGUUCAACAACUACCAGAAUGCCCUGCGAGAAAUUCGCAAGUCCCUCAUGCCGUUCGACAAGUUCGGCCCUUCCUCCGGGUCGGGACACCCUGCCGGCGCCGGGGAGGUGAACCGGCAGAUGCUGCAGGAGCUGGUGAACACCGGCUGUGACCAGGAGAUGGCCGUGCGGGCGCUGAAGCAGACGGGAAGCAGGAACAUCGAAGCGGCCUUAGAGUACAUCAGCAAAAUGAGUUACCUCGACCCUCGAAAUGAACUCAUCGUCCGCGUCAUCAAGCAGACUUCACCAGGAAAAGCUGGUAUGCCCAACUCGAUGGACCACCGCCCUGCAUUAGAAGCUCCAGGUGAGACUCAGGGCCUUCCUCCCUACCACCCGAUGGGGGCCCAAAUGUACGAGGGAGGCUACGGCCCUGAGGGGGAGAUGCCCCGACCCUACAUGAGCGCUCCCCCCGUAAUGAACUACAUGAUGCCGCCACCGUCCGGUGCAUCACAGGGUCCUGCCAUGGGAAACCCGAUGGGCCGCCCUCCCAGUAUGGGCUCCUACCCUCCAGUGAUGGCCCCUCAGAACAACCCAGGCAACCCCAUGUACCCCCCGGGGGCCCAGCAGAAAGGCUACCCCGGCGGCAUGGAGCAGCACGGAGCCAUGAUGAGCUACAACGUCCCGGGCCAGCCGCUGCAGCUCCAGCCUCCUCCACCAGGGGGCCCCGUCCCCGGCCCCCACUACGACUACGGCCACGGCAGGCCUCACAUGAUGGAGCCCGCCGGGUACGGAGUCAAGAGGACCGCCUCCUUCCAGAACAAGAUGGCCCCGCCCCCCAUGGCGCCCCAAGACAACUACGUCAACAUGCAGGGGAAGAACAUUCCAGGGGGAGGGUAUCCCGUUAACCUGUACCUGCCCCCCCACUCCCACCCACGGCAGGCCUCCCCCACGUCCCACCAGGUCCACAUGAUGUCCCGCUCCCCAGGAGGUGUUGCAUCCAUGGGCCCCGACUUCUCCGACAUGCCCCAGGGCUUGAUGACUCCAUCCAGGGCCAGUUUGAACCUGGAUCUGUACGAGCACCACUGGGCGGGGCCUCCGGGUCCUGAAGGAGCCCCUCAAGCCAGGCAGCCCCAGCCUCAAGGCCCAUUCAGGGGGGAGGUGAGAGUCCCCAGCAGAACCAACUCCUUCAACAGUCGCUCUGCGGGGCAGAAUGGUGUCCGGCCUGCGAUGGCUGUUCCUCCAUCAGCUGGAAAACAGGACCCCUCGCUGGGCCCUCCGAACACCAUCACGGCCGUAACAUCCCCGCCCAUCCAGCAGCCCGUGAAGAGCAUCCGUGUGAUGAGGCCGGAGCCCAAAACAGCCGUGGGGCCAUGUCACCCCAGCUGGAUGACAGCUCAGGAAGCAGGGGAGCCUCUGGCCUACAUGCCGGAGGAGACUUACCCCCUGGAGCCGGCUCAGGAGCCCCGCUGCCCGCCACCACCGUACCCUAAAAACCUGCUCAUGUCGGGGCCAGAGGAGGCAGGGAUGUGUGGAGCUCAGGAUCACAGCAACCCUGCAAGCAGGAGCUCACAUGGAGGCAGCGGGGGGAGCGGGAAGACAGAGGAGAGCCAGCAGGGGAAGGAGAAGACCAAGGUGGGCAAGGGAGAGAAAACGGUGAAAGACAAGAAGCAGAUCCAGACAUCCCCUGUUCCCGUGAGGAAGAACGGGCGGGAUGAAGAGAAGAGGGAGUCGCGCAUCAAGACCUACUCGCCUUUCGCUUUCAAGUUCUACAUGGAGCAGCACAUAGAGAACGUGAUGAAGACGCACCAGCAGAAACUGAACCGCAGGCUUCAACUGGAGCAGGAGAUGUCAAAGGCCGGCCUGUCGGAGGCAGAGCAGGAGCAGAUGAGGAAGAUGCUGAACCAGAAAGAGUCCAACUACAACAGACUGCGCCGGGCCAAGAUGGACAAAUCCAUGUUCAUCAAACUCAAGACUUUGGGCAUCGGUGCGUUUGGUGAAGUGAGUCUGACACGUAAAGUGGACACGGGCGCACUUUACGCCAUGAAAACACUGCGCAAAAAGGAUGUCCUCAACCGCAACCAGGUGGCUCAUGUGAAGGCAGAGCGGGACAUCCUGGCGGAGGCAGACAACGAAUGGGUGGUGCGUCUCUACUACUCCUUCCAGGACCGCGACAGCCUCUACUUCGUCAUGGACUACAUCCCCGGAGGAGACAUGAUGAGCCUCCUCAUCAGGAUGGGCAUCUUCCCCGAACAUCUGGCGCGCUUCUACAUCGCAGAGCUAACGCUGGCCAUCGAGAGCGUCCACAAGAUGGGCUUCAUCCACCGAGACAUCAAGCCCGACAACAUCCUGAUCGACGUGGACGGACACAUCAAGCUCACCGACUUCGGCCUGUGCACCGGCUUCCGCUGGACACACAACUCCAAGUACUAUCAGAAAGGGAGCCACGUCAGACAGGACAGCAUGGAGCCCAGUGACUUCUGGGACGAUGUGUCGAACUGCCGCUGCGGGGACCGGCUGAUGACUCUGGAGCAGAGAGCGAACCGGCAGCACCAGCGCUGCCUCGCGCACUCUCUGGUGGGAACCCCCAACUACAUCGCACCAGAAGUGCUACUGCGCAAAGGUUACACCCAGCUGUGUGACUGGUGGAGCGUGGGAGUGAUCCUGUUUGAGAUGCUGGUGGGACAGCCGCCAUUCCUGGCCCCCACACCUACUGAGACUCAGAUCAAGGUGAUUAACUGGGAGAGCACCCUGCAGGUUCCUGCUCAGGUCAAACUGAGCCCGGAGGCCGUGGACAUCAUCGGGCGCCUCUGCUGCUCCGCGGAGGAUCGAGUGGGCUCGAACGGCGCCGGCGAGAUCAAGGCUCACCCCUUCUUCUCCCAGGUGGACUUCACCAGCAAUCUGCGGCAGCAACCGGCCCCUUACCGGCCCAAGAUCGCCCACUCGAUGGACACCUCCAACUUCGACCCCGUGGAUGACGACUGCGGCCCCGGGGCGUGGAGCGACAGCGGGGACAGCAGCCGGGCGCUGGACAUCCUCUGCUCUCCCAACGGGAAACACCCGGAGCACGCCUUCUACGAGUUCACCUUCCGCAGAUUCUUCGACGACAACGGCUGCCCCUUCCGCUACCCGAAACCCCCCGAGGUCAGCGAGGCGUCGCCAAGCGUGGGCCCGGAAGAGGAGGACGAAGAGGAGGAGGAGGAAGAAGAUGAUGAGGAUGAGGAUGAUGAUGAUGACGAGGAAGGAGAGCAGGGGGAAGGGUGUGAGCCGGUGUACGUGUAGAGCGUGUGUGUGUACAGGUGUGUCUGUGUGUUGAUGCAUAUCUGCCAUGUGUGAUGGCACAUCACCCCCUUGUGGAAACUAUAGUGAGUUCACAAUGACUUCAAAUACAAAACUCCCCUCAUCCAGGACCAAGGAACGACAUUCUGUGUGCUCGAAGGGUGAAUCGGUUUGAAAGGAUUUUACAGGAUGAAAGGAUUGAAUCUUGAGAACGUGAGGAUGAUUGGAUCACAGACAAGAUGUCAACUUCGAGGACUGCUUCUGGAUCUUUCCAGCGGUUUCUUGUCCCAUUCCUUCCACCCUCGUGUCUUACGGACGACUGCAAAACCUCCGCGGUGAUCUCCUGACGCAGGAGCUGCUUCACGCCCCGAUAUCGGACACGCGAUGCGACACCUGUUUACUGUUAGACAGUGAAGUAGGGGAGACUGAACAAGCAACACGCCUCUUUCACAGCUGCUGCAAAUUAAGCUACAGAGACACACUGCAUUCACGUGCACACACUCACACACAUGCAUCAGUACAGUUUGGGCUGGAUGAAGAAAUCUCUGCAGGAGGAUUUCAGUGUCAAUAUUUCAAGAAGUUGGCUUCAGAUUCCUCUGAGAAGCGGCCAUCUUGAUAUCUGCUUUUUGUAGCAGAUCAAUCUUGAAAUAUUGGAAUUAACUAAAUGAAAUGUGUUUGGUUACAUAUAUCUUGUAUAUCCACAGCUGCCUCAUUUUGUGCCAACUGUAGUUCACCGUGUUGUUUUGUCCUUAAGACGGAGCCUGAUCCUUCUUCCCUAAGAGGUUACUGUUGCAAAUAUCUUUGUGUUUUUAAGAUGCUUCAAGUUACUGAUCCUCUAUUCUAACUAACCAUUUCAAAGCUCAGCUACAAAAGCAUUUGAUCAUGUAUAGAUUUCACACCAGGCUAAAAAAAUCAAGCCUAAUUCGGUUUUAGUCGGAUCAAAGACUGAGGUGUUUACUGAACCUGACGUUCAGUGGACUUCACACAAAGAAUUGGAUCAAGAAAGCCGUUUUUAAAAUGAUACUUCUUGUUUGCUUUGGGGGGCAGAGGACACCCAAUGCUUUGCUCUAAGGAACAAACUGAUGAGUAGAAAGAAACUUUAUUUAAAGAAAUUAAGAGAAAUCAAAGCCAGACCUGAACCUGCCGGGUCAGAUGGUGCUGAGUUGGAAUCAAAACUCUAACACACACACACACACACACACACACACACACACACACACACACACACACACACACACACACACACACACACACACACACACACACACACACACACACACAGCACACUUUUACAGCUAUUUUGCAAAGAUGAGUUGCAUUGUAACUUAACCCGCCUCCUCGUAUCUUCUGGAGGGAAACACAAACGUGCAACAUGUUCUUACAGCAAACAUGUGAUAGUAUGACUAUGUGCAAUACAAAAAAAUACAUUAUAUAUAGUUUUCUAAACACUUAAUAUCCUUUUUUUUGUACUGAAAUGUACAAAUAUAUUGGUUUAUAUAUAUAUUUCCUCUUUCCAGUUACAACAUGCUGCUUAUUAUUGUGGUUAAUAUUAUUUACAUUAUAAUUGUUAUUACCUGUUUUUCUUUUGUUGUGGCUUAAAGAAGUGUGCUUGGGUUUUGAAAGUAAUGAGCCGUGUGCCUUUUUUCUAAUUGAAUGUUGGGAGUGUGUGUCGCCGCUCGAUGACGAAGGUGAUGAUGAAGAUGACGAUCAGUGUUUUUGCAGAACAAAGAUGGCGGACUCUUCCUCUCCUGCUGCCGGGCUGGUCCUUAACGCAAGAGAGGAGGAUUCAGAAAGAAAUUGGUGGAUAAAAGUUAGACGGGCGAGGCAGGAUGGCUUCAGGAAAUGUAAUCUGAAAAAGAACAAAUAGCUUUCUCUGUUUAUACAAUUUCAACAAAGAGUUUGUGUUUGGUACAUUUUCCUUAUUUAUCCCAAAUGACCACAAGUGUGAGUGUUGUUUAUCUUUUACUACAGACCUGUGCCAUGUUCCGUUUUGACGCUAUCAUCCAGUACCUUCUCGCUUAUUGACAAUCAGUAAACGGUGACUGCUCUCUGUCGAACCGUUUGAACACCAAACCGUUCAGUAUUCUGAAUUUGACCUUGAAGACUGGGAAUGCUCAAGAAGUCUGAACUUUUUCAAGUGAUUUUUUGAAGCAUUACGAUGAUGGAAAAUGUGAGGAUCAGAUUUGUUACAGAAGAUUUUUUUUUUUUUUUUUUUACUUGCCUGACAAUGUAUUGAAAGUUUGUUUUUCUGUAAAUGUGCCGUGCCUUGUGUGAGCAGCACAAUCUUAAAAAUAUUGCCUUAUUACCAUCUUUUUCACAAUCCUCUCUUACCUGUUUUUAUUAUUAUCAACACUGGCUUUAUUUACAUGCAUCAACAACCUUGUUUUUAUUCCAUUCAGUAACUUACAAUAGAUUUGUAAGGAAAGUGGUCAGAACAGUAAAUUACUCAAUGACAUAAUAAACAAGGUGCCAAUUUAAUGUAACUUCAUAUAUUGUUUCAAAAAUAAUGAUUUAGGGAAGUUAAAAAGGGGUUUUCCACUCUAACAUAAUGCAAUUUGGGUCAUUUUAGAUUUUCUAAAGCUCAAAUGUUACAUUUAACAUCAGAGAAUGACAUUUGUUGCAUGAUUACACCAAAAAACAAUUUUUUUUGUUGUGGCCAGAAAUGUGUUAACAGUGGCUUUAAAUGUACUAAAGCUAGUAUCCUGCAUGUAAACAAAGCCAGUGUUGCCUGUGAGUUUCUCAGAUAAUCCACUGUGGAUGAAGUGCCUUGCUCGAGGGCUCCACCAUGCAGCUUUCCUCUCAGGUGGUCCAGAGGUCCACUUCUCCAAAGCCCUCGUUGCCAAUCCACGUGGACCAGGACAGUGAAACAUAGCUUUAUGAGGAGUCGCUGCAGAGUGUGUGAGGUGUUUCUGAGGUUAGAGAGUGAUGACUGACAAUCUUUUACUGUUGAUUUCUGAUUUCUUCACUUGUGUAUCCUUUUGUAUUUUACUCUAAGGAGUCUCUCGUUGUCUCUGAUGCUCCUUGAUGUAUGAUACAACUCUGUUACUUUUGAAUUUAUAUUUAUACAGAUAUACAUAUUUUUUGUAUCAUUUUCCUUCCCUUUUUUUUCAACUUCCCUUGUGCUAAUGUUCAAAAAACCAUGUCUACGCAGUAUUAUCGAUGAUGUAAUGUGGACAGCUAUCUCUUUUUUCACAUUUAUGUAUGAAUUGAGAAUUUGUAAAAAUGCUUUCACAGUCCUUUGUGUGUAAAAUGUAUGUAUAAAUUAAAUUAACCAACUUCUU